AUGGGCGUCAAGUCGGGGCCCGCCGAGCUCUAUCCAGUUCUCACGAAAGGUUUCAUCCAAAUCCAUUCGUACUGCACGUACAAGGUGCGCAAGUGCGUCAUUGUGUUGGUUAAUCCCUCAUCACUUCCAAAAUUCAACUGUAACAACGGGUCGGAGUGUGGAGCGCUGACCGGCUUCUACUCGUGUAAAAACGGCCAUUGUGACGGCAUGUCGAAAAUGCACGAGUGUACCUACAAGGCGGAUGGCCUUGUCAUCGAUAGCGAGCGCGACAAUGCCAAGCUCAACGGCUACUUCCUCUGCAAGAAGGCCCGCUGUACCAAGGCCCGCAACGUGCAGUGCGUGCGCAUCUGCCCGCGCAUCGAGACGCUCCACGCGACGGUGAUGGCGCGCAGCGGCGACUCGGUGCGCGCGGCGCACUGCGAGCGCGCCAUCGCUCUGUACCCCAACGGCACCCUGCACCACGAACCGUUCUGGGACGCCAACGGCGGCGACGUCUUAUUUGUGUCCUGCACGCACCUCCAACCCGACGGCACCAGCUUCAGGGGCGGAGACUGCAUCAACGGAACGCUGGUGAACGCGGACGAGGUGCCGCAACCGACGAUGAAUUUCAGCGUGCUGUGGAAGUUGGCCAACGGCCCGCGGCCUGCUGACCCAGACCAACUUGUGGCGCCCGCACAGGAGAACAUCACAAUCUUCAACCGGUCGCGCCUCUUCAUCAAUCUUGAGGCUUGCGUCAACACGCUGCAGGGCGAGUGUCGCGCCUUCGCGGAUUCGCACGGCCAGGAUGGACGCAACAGCACCGCACCUUCACGCUUCCCCUGCUACUACGACAAGGACAACAACUCGUUUUUCGUGGUGGCGCGUUUCGACCGGCAGAGGACGCAGCGCGAGCUGGUGAUCGGCGUGACAGUGCCGGGGAGCCUCUUCCUCAUGUCGCUUGUUACCCUGUGUGUGAUGACCCGCUCGGUGCGCGUGGGUGACGACGCGCGCAUGCGCUGCGUCUGCUGCAACGACGGCGCUGACGAGCCCCGCCCCACUCUUUGA